GGAAGUGACGUCAGGAAGCCUCGGCGAUGGAGGACCUGCUGGGCUUCGGCGAGCAGUGGCCCGUAGGCUCCUUGGCCCUAUCCAAGGCCAAGAUGGGUCGCCGAGCUCAACAGGAACCGCCCCAAUUUGAGAAUCAUCUCAGCAGCAAGAAUUCUGCUGCCGCAGGAGAGACUCCCCCACCCAAGCCCCCCCGACGGCAAGGAGGCUGGGCAGAUGACUCCAUGAAGGUUUCUAAACCUGGAAAGAAAGCUUUUGAAGAAGUGGAAGACCAGCGCCUCAAAGAGCAGAGCCUGGACAGAUCCGAUGACGGAGGGCCUCCUCCACCAGAUGCUCCGGACACUGGAACCAGGCUGAGGAAGACGGUCCUUGCCCUCCAGAUGCUUCUGACGGAACGCCCUUCCUCCCUGCCUUUCACGGAAGACCCCCAGGAGCCGCGCCUCGCACGCCGCCGUCUUUCUCAGCCCUCCACCUCCCUAGCUUUGCUCUCCUCGCCGGUUCCCGCAGCUUCCCUGGGGAAGGCGCCCAGGGAGAGCGAAGACGCGCCUCCCACUGAUGUCUCCCCCUUGAUGUCCCCGGCUUCCCAGGGAAGAGAACAGACGCGUCGGAGAAGAAAGCACUUGUUUGGAGAUGGCGUGUUCGGCUGUAGAAUGAGGACCCGGGAGUGAGUGACACUUAGAGGUGGUUUGGGGGUCUGCUGGCUAGCCAGAACGCACUGCGUGGGGACGCUGGCAAGUCCGUGGCAGGCUACAGGCUCAGCUGCCUUGAGGGGAUCGCUGGCAGGGUGGGACCUACAGUGGCCCCUGGAGGAGGUGUCAUUCCUGCCUCAGACUUCUCCUGCUCACAUUUCAUCUCAGAAGACCCCACGUUUUCCUAUUCAAAUUUAUAUUCCCAAAUCGGGGCAACUUGCAAAACUCACUUCAGACACCGAACUAAAUGCAUCUGCGAGUUGGACCGGGCCUGUUCAGGAAGUCGUUUGCGAGCCCUUCACAAAAUCUUCCGGGAAUCUUCUUGGCCCAGAGGAAUAGCACAGGGGCUCGGGGUGCCUCUCCUGCCAGUGUCCGGUAGCAAGUUUGAAUCCCUAGGACCCCACACACUCCGACAGUUUGGCUCUUAGUGACGACUGUCAUGGCCGGCGCUGGGCUGUACUGCAGACACGUUUGUGUACGCACUGAAAAGUGUGCAGCCCCUAGCCAGCGCCACACCCAAGAGAGCUGCUUGCCAUGGGCCAGAGAGACAGGACAGGGGGAUGGUGCUUGCCUGUAUCCCAGUCUUCCUGGUCUGAUCCCUGGUACCACGUUUGGUACUGUAAGCGCUGCCAGGGGUCACACAUGAGUGCAGAGCCGGGAAUAGCCCCUGAGCACCAACCCCACACAAGAAGAAAUAAAAAUUAGUGGUGUGCCACAACUAAGAGCACCCCCCAACUCACACACACACACACACACACACACACACACACACACACAGAGUGGGCACCUGCAAACACCACAGCU